CACAGCCCGUCCCCUCACCGCACUGCACUGCUAGAAGAAUAUGUUCCCGAGAAGAGCGACUGCUGCGCUUUAACACUUGAGACAACAAUUCCACUGCGAAUAAUUUCAGUUGAAAUCACCGAGCCAUCGCUGAGACCGGUCCUUGGUUGAACUAUUUUCCCUCUCCAUUCUCUUUCUCUUCUCUCUCUUGCGCUGGAUCUUUCGUGUGAGAAAAUGUGUGUGGAGAGCGAUGGAUGCGAGAUUGAAGGCUGCAGCAGUUUGGAUGAGGUGCGCACGCUGUCAGGCAGCAUGAGUCCCGCACUCAAAUCCAGCCCGGACCUUCACCCGUGUCAAUCGGGGCACAAAUUCCGCGCCGCGCUGCUCAGAUGCCGCUCACCGGCCGCUGCCGCCGGGAUCCUCAGCUUUGGGAACGUCCUCAAUUACAUGGAUAGAUACACUGUAGCCGGUGUUCUGUUUGACAUCAAGCGGCAUUACGACGUAUCAGACAGUGGAAUUGGCUUGUUGCAAACAGUGUUCAUCUGCAGCUUCAUGGUGGCAGCACCCAUCUUUGGUUACCUGGGCGACCGCUUCAACAGAAAGGUCAUCCUGAGCUGUGGCAUUUUCUUCUGGUCCAUUGUUACUCUGUCGAGCUCCUUCAUCAGUAAAGAGUAUUACUGGCUGUUUGUACUGUCCAGGGGACUAGUGGGUAUCGGAGAGUCCAGCUACUCCUCCAUCUCCCCCACCAUCAUAGGAGACCUGUUCACUAAUAACAGCCGCACCAUGAUGCUCUCUGUCUUCUACCUGGCCAUCCCCCUGGGAAGUGGGUUGGGUUACAUCCUGGGCGCCAGCGCCAAGGUAGCUGCAGGAGACUGGCACUGGGCACUGAGGGUGUCCCCACUUUUAGGGAUCACCGCAGGAACUCUGAUCCUGAUCUUCGUGCCUGAGCCAAAGAGAGGCAUCGUUGACCAGAUGGGACGCAUCAGGACCCGCACCUCCUGGCUCUGUGACAUGAAGGCGCUCGCCAAGAAUCGGAGCUAUGUGUUCUCCUCCCUGGCGUCCUCGGCGGUGUCUUUUGCCACUGGUGCGUUUGGCAUGUGGAUCCCUCUGUACCUGGCCAGAGCUCAGGUGGUGCAGAAGACGGCCUGCACCAAAGAGAUCUGCAGUAGCACAGACAGCCUUAUCUUUGGGGUGAUCACCUGUGUGACGGGUCUGUUAGGCGUGGUCAUCGGGGCCGCCACCACGCGCCUGUGCCGCCAGAAGACAGAGCGAGCCGACCCGCUCGUGUGCGCUGUCAGCAUGCUGGGCUCGGCUAUCUUCGUCUGCCUCAUCUUCGUGGUGGCCAAGAAGAGCAUCGUAGGAGCUUAUGUUUGCAUCUUUAUAGGCGAGACGCUGCUUUUCCUGAACUGGGCCAUAACAGCAGACAUUUUAAUGUUUGUCGUUAUCCCCACGCGGAGAGCAACGGCGGUCGCUUUUCAGAGCUUCACCUCUCAUCUCCUGGGUGACGCAGGAAGUCCGUACCUGAUAGGCCUGAUCUCCGACGCCCUUCAGCAGAGCUACGCAACCUCUGCGCUGUGGCAGUUCCUCAGUCUGGGCUAUGCCCUCAUGCUCUGUCCAUUCAUCAUCGUCCUGGGGGGCAUGUUUUUCCUGGCCACUGCGCUGUUUUUCCUGGAUGACAGGGAGAAGGCCGAGAAACAGUUGAGCCAGAUAACACGACCACCUUCCUCAGUCAAGGUAUGACCAGGUGACAGCCACAUGAGGAGCCAUCUGAAGAGGCAACCAAACUCAAUGAGGACGACAAAUUGGAGACAAAAAGCGAGGGCAGCUGAUCCACUUCUAUAAAACUACGCCCGUGUUCUCAUCACCGCCGCCACCGCCACGAUCAUCCUCGUCCUCAUCAUCCUCGUCCUCCUCAUCCUCCUGUCGGCUUCCUGCUGCUCUUCCUUUCCACACAGUCGUGGAGGCUGCUCAGAACUGGAACGAGGGAGCGUCUUGCCCCUCCUUGAAACGCCUCCAAAUCACAGGUCGGUGAGAACAGCGCACAGCGGUGUGCUGAAGCUGGCCGGCUGACAGCUGGUGUCCUCCUCACCUCUGCCUGUGAGAAUCCACUGAACCUUCCAGGGAGGAGGUGGGGUGGCAAUAUCCCCCGUGACCCCUCCGACUCCUGAUGUCAUACUACUGAAUGCUGACCAUGAACCUGCCCUGUCUGUCUGCUUGUCUGUCCAAACGGUCUGUCCCUAUGUCUGUCUGUCUGUCUGUAAGUUACAUCAGCUGUCAAUCUGCACCAAGUGCCAUAGCGUCAUUACAUUCCUUCAGACUUUGCACUGACCACCAACGACACUCAUGACUUCAUCACUGACUAUGUUUACAUGCACACUAUAAUUCAGCCGUCGGCUAUGAAACUACUUUGAUUAAGCUGUUUGCAUUUGCUAGACAGCAGGAGCUGCGUCGACAUUUGUAAACUGCAGUCAUAAAGCUCCAUCGGUGUCUCUGUCGCUCCCAUUAAAAUGGUCCGCAAUUCAUUCUGCCCUGGCUUUCAACACUUGGAGCCUGUAACCUGACAGAGGCUGUAAAAUUCAAGUUUUGUGGAGCAGGUGAUGCAACUUGUUAAAAUUUGCUGCAGGAAUAUCAUUCUCUAAGUGUUGUUCAAGCCUCCAGCAACGGCCCUAAUAUCAGGUUACUCUGCACAUCGUAACGGCAGUGCUAACAACAUGAACUUCACACGUAAAUACAGUGUUUACAUGAUGAAUGCAGUAUUCUCAGAAUCGAUCGGUGUUUAGCUGUGCGUGUAAACAUAGCCGUCAAACCAAGAGCCAAAAAACUGUUACUUUCUAAAGGUCAGUGAAUCAGCCUUAAAGAUUGGAGCUUUCACAUCAACAGCUGCUUCUUUUGACCCCAACGUGUGUGUGUGUGUUUUUUUUUUUUUUUUAGCUUUUAGCACUUACAUCAGCAUUGACAGUGCCAGCGAACAGGACAGAGAUGGCAGAUUUCUGCACAUUAUUUUUCACAAGGUUUCUUGUGAUUUCUUUUUUAUUCUUUUUUUUCUGUGUGUUGGAUUUGAAACUGGAGGUCAUACUGCCUAUGAUUGUUUCAGAAGGACGAUGAUGCAAUCUGAUUUAAAGCGGACACUGGACAAUAUAUUUUAUAAUUUAUAAUGUACAUGCUUUUCCCAAAAGUAAAUGAAAUGCUACUUUUUUUACUUUUAAGGAGUAACACCUGUGUUUUUGUGUACACAAGAAGCAAUACAAAAUUUUUUUUGAGGAAACCAACCUUUUAAUCCACACUGCCUUAUCAGUGAGCCAGGUUUCUCUUUAAAGGGGGUUUAGCUCUCUGAUGGUUGGUUUUGAAUUUCUGGACACUUCACCCACACAGAGACAGAGUCGAUUUUAAUGAUGGAUUCCAUUCCUGUCCCCCCUGGUUACAAUACCAGGCAUUGUGAAAAGAGACCUUUCCCCCUCGCAAUUGUAGAUAUCCCAUUCCACCAUUAGAAGAAAGGACCUUUGAGAAGAGCUGGAGUCCCGGUCAUCAGUUUAUUACUGAGGGAAAUCAAAAUCCCAGACAGGAACAGGCAAUCCUUCCACCCCUGGUUAGACUGAUGGCGAGCUCUUAUUGUUGAUGACGGAUAAGAGAGGAAUCCCCCUUUGAAACCAGACCAGAAUUUCCUCAGAUGUCACAGAAGGAGCUGAAAAACGGAGUCCCCUUCCAUACCUGUACCAGAGAAUGACAUAGAGAUUUAAAUAUGUAAUAGAAGUGCAACAAAACCAGGAAUUGGUUUCAGUACUCUAUGCUUUAAUUACAGUAUGUGCAUCGUAUUUGUAAUUAGUAAUAAUUCAUGCAAAAUCCCACAAAGAAGAAAAAAAAAAGGUCUGCCACAGCUAGUUGCUUGUGUAUACAGAGAUUUAGGCAAAAGCUUCAUUAGAAGCUACCCUGAAGGAUCAUUUUGUUGUAAAUGACCUGGUGGAUACAAUUUUACUAAAAACCUAUAAGCCACUAAUGGAGUCAAAGGUUUUCAAACUGGUGCAUAAAGACCUUUGCAGACCUCCAAGAAAAACACAGAAGGAGGAGGAUGGAAUGACCUUAGCGGAGGAAUAAAGGGAAACGUUGAAGUGGUUCCUGUAGCAUUGAUGUUUGAGCGUGACUCACGGCUUGCUGGCUGUGUGGGGGGGUGCUGUGUGGGCUGUGUCCUUGUUGCCAGAUCAUUAGCUUUAGCUUCUCUCCAACUGCGUGGAGCUCUCUGAAUGUGAUUCUGUCCAACCUGACGUGUUUACACACCUACAUUUUCUUAAUGAAUUAAGCUUCUUACCUUCCUUUUUAUUGAUUUUCUUUUUCUUAAUGUUACCAAAUGAGGUUUUUUUUAUAUAUAUAUAUAUAUAUAUAUAUAUAUAUAACUACGAUAGAGAGAUAAAUAUAUAUAGCUAUAUCACGCAGCAACUCUAAUAUAUUGUAAAUGAUGGCUUGGAUGCAAUGUAUUUAUUUGUUUGUUACCAUAAUGGAGAAUAAUCUAUAAAGGGAAGUUUAAGGUUUGUGUAUACAACACUUUGUUGGAUGUCACUGGGUUUAGAAAUGCCUGUUUUGUUCAUCCUUUUGUAUCACAAUGAAA